AUGGCGAUCAGACCAGCUCCAGAAUCAGUUGCCCGGGAAGCGGCAGCAAACAUUCACCCCGUUCGAGACCCCAACACCCUGUCCAACUACAAUGCAUGGAGAACGAAGCAUACAACCGCAGACUUCGAUAUUGACUUUGAUGCUCAGUGUCUGACCGGCACUGUUCAUCUCACUCUUGAUCGACUGGCCAAGAAUGAGAGCAAGAUCGUGCUCGAUACCAGGUAGGCUCUCUCCGCUGCUGAUGUGAUGGUCAUACCUCUUAACAAUCACUUCUAGUUUCCUCGAGAUUGUCGGCGUCGACAUUGAAGGCGAAGCAGCGAAAUGGGAGUUGGCGACCCAGCGGAUGGAGCCCUACGGCAGCCCUUUGACCAUUCAAGUGGCGGAGGGAAUGAUCGAUCCAGCUGCCGCAAGCAUCAAGCUAAGCAUUGGUGUCCAGACCACCAAGGACUGUACGGCAUUGCAAUGGCUUGCGCCGGCACAGACGAGCAACAAGAAACACCCAUACAUGUUUUCACAGUGUCAGGCGAUACAUGCUCGCUCACUGCUCCCUUGCCAAGAUACUCCAGAUGUGAAGUCCACCUAUCAGUUCAACAUCCGUAGUCCACUACCGGUGUUGGCGUCUGGCCUGCCCACUGGCGCGAAGGAUUUCCUGCAUGGCAAGGACGGCAAACCAGGGACACUUCUUUACACCUUCAAUCAAUCGAUCCCAAUGCCGUCAUAUCUCUUUGCACUAGCAAGCGGUGACCUUGCAUCUGCUUCAAUCGGUCCUCGAUCGACAGUUUGGACUGGCCCUGAAGAGCUGCAAGCAAGUCAGUGGGAAUUUGAACAUGAUACUGAGAAGUACAUCGAGACUGCAGAGAAGAUCGUCUAUCCGUAUGAAUGGACGACCUACAAUGUUUUGGUUCUCCCACCAUCCUUUCCCUAUGGCGGAAUGGAGAAUCCCGUGUACACAUAUGCAACUCCAACAUUGGUAUCUGGCGAUAGACAAAACGUUGACGUUAUUGCGCACGAACUAGCUCAUUCCUGGUCCGGCAAUCUUGUCAGCAACGCGAGCUGGGAACACUUCUGGCUUAAUGAAGGUUGGACCGUCUAUCUCGAACGCCGAAUCCAAGCAGACAUCCACGGUGGUGACACGUAUCGUGACUUCUCUGCCAUUAUCGGUUGGAAAGCGCUGUCAGACAGCAUCGCACAAUUUGGCGAAGACCACGAUUUCACCAAGCUCAUCCCGGACCUCAAGGGCAGAGACCCGGACGAUGCCUUCUCAAGCAUCCCUUACGAGAAAGGGUCGACCUUCCUCUAUCACCUUGAGAAACUUGUUGGUAGGGUAAAAUGGGACAAAUUCAUCCCACACUACUUCACGACCUUCAAGCGCCGCUCUGUCGACAGCUACGAGUUCAAAGCCACACUGCUCUCGUUCUUCGAAUCUGAUGCAGAGGCAUCCAAGAAAUUGAAUGAUCUUGAUUGGGACGAGUGGUUCUACAAGCCCGGUUUCCCACCCAAGCCAAACUUCGACACCACUCUUGCCGAUAUGUGCUACGACCUUGCUGAAAAAUGGGAAGCCUUGAAUCACGGCAAUGCAGAGUUCACACCCACCAAGCAAGACAUCGAAAGCUUCACCGCAAAUCAGAACGUUGUGUUCCUCGAGAAAGUCCAGACAUUCGAUAAGCCGCUUUCGCCGAAGCUGGUAGACGAGAUGGGCGAGCAGUAUGGAUUUGCAAAGAGCAAGAAUGUUGAACUCGUCAGCCGAUACUUUGUUAUUGGACUAAAGGCUCGUGCGGAGAGUGUAUACAAGCCCACCGCCAAGCUCCUGGGUGAAGUUGGCAGGAUGAAAUUCGUGAGACCGCUUUUCAGGGAGUUGAUGAAGUGCGACAUGGCAUUGGCCAAGGAGACGUUUGAGAAGAAUCGGGAUUUCUACCAUCCGAUAUGUAGGGCUAUGAUGGAGAAGAUGCUGGAAAACCAUGAGAAGGCAUGA